GAAUCCGGGGAAUGCAAUGACUGUAACACCUAAUAUUGAUAGGCAAGAUGGCGCUGACUUUGAGAAGUGGAUAUCUGGAGAUGCUGAGAACGUGUUGGAGAUUACAAGCACGUCAUGUGAAAAUUCCUGUUCUUAAUCAAAUGGGACUUCUAUAUCCUGCAAUAGCACGUCAUCAAAGUUCUCAGAGCAAAUUACCAUCAAGCAGUUAUGUACCACCGACGUCCUUAUCCAGACCACCGUGGCCAGAAGUGUCCUAUAUCAGCAGUGACGAAGAGGAGAGGCAGCACAAAGUGGUUCUAGAAAAUGUGAACACCCUUCUUGCAAAGGAAGACUAUGGAAGGCUUUUUGCAGUUGUCCAUUUUGCAAGUCGACAGUGGAAAGUGACAAAUGAAGACCUGAUCCUCAUUGAAAACCACAUUGAUGCUGAAUGUGGUGACAGGAUUAGACUUGAGAAGGUGCUGCUGGUUGGUGGAGAAGAGUUCACGCUGAUUGGGAGGCCCCUACUCGGUCGUAAUUUGGUCAGAGUAGAGGCAACUGUCAUUGAGAAGACUGAAUCCUGGCCCAAAGUUCACAUGCGGUUCUGGAAAAGACACAGAUACCAGAAGAAAAGAAUUAUUGUGCAACCACAAACAGUGCUUCGGAUCAACACAAUUGAAGUUGCUCCCAGAUUGACAUGAUGCUACAUGUUUUGAAUUGUAAAUAAACUUUUGGCCAAUGAAUGUGCCACUGAAA